UGGCCCUGCCUGUCUGUCUGUCUGUCCGCCUGUCUGUCUGUCUCUGGCAAGUAAAUAGAUCCUGACAGCCAUUUUCUGGGCUCCAUGCCGGAGUCUGCCUGCUCCGUGACUUUCAAAAAGUAUGACCUGGAUUAAGUGGAGUCGCUGGUUUGAACUUAAGUUUUUCUUCUGUCCACUUUCAGCCCUGGGCACUUUUUAAAAAGCAGCCUGGCCGCGAACGCCUUAAAUGAUAUUCCCCUAGCCCAGUCCGAGGCUUUCCUCACUGACCUCUUGGAAAAAGUGUGUGAGCGAAUGAACGACUACAAGCUGGAAGAAGACCCGGUGACCCAGGAGAAGACAUUCAAGAGAUUUGCACCCAGGAGGGGAGACGAAAUAUACAAAGAAUUUAAAAAAUUCUUUUUUUACUCUGAUGCUUACAGACCCUUGAAAUUCGCGUGUGAAACUAUAAUAGAAGAGUACGAAGAUGAAAUAUUCUCACUUAUCGCCCAGGAGGCAAACCACCUCGCUGACAAGCUGUGCAGUGAAAAAUCAGGUCUGUGUGACACUUCUGCUCAUCACCCUGAAGUCGAGGAGUGACGGUGCUUCUGGUUAAAGAGGAGGCAAGUCACGACCCCAAAGGUCAAGGUCUGCAUCUGUGUCUUCAUGUUUCUUCUUGAGGAGAAGCUUGGUCUCUUGUUUAUACGGCGUUGUCGCGUGUCUGAUAUUUUAUUGAAAAUCUAUUGUUUGGCGGCCUGACAAGCCCCCCGUGUUUUCCGUAGGUGAAGCCUAAGAGGGCAGAAAACAAAUUCCCUUUGCGGCUUUUGAUACACACAGGCUUGGCAGGGAAGCUUUUCAUUCAGCAGCAAUAGAAAAAAAAAGGGAAGACAUUUCAUAAAUGCAAUAAGGAUUUAAUAAUAGGUACUAUAUGUUUCAUGCACUUAGACACGUAUGAUGCUCUAUUUGAGAAGAACUUGAUAUUUUUUCCAUGACUACUUGAUUGAUCCUGAAAUUAAGAAAACGUAUUGCUGCAAAUUCCCAGGGAAUUGUUCCGGGCUAUGUAGCUCUCGCUUAGAGAAACCAACUCGCUUCCUAUGAAGAAUGAAAUUCAGAUUUCUGGGAACCUUCGGUUUGAAAACGUUCCCAUUUCUCUUCUGGAAUUAAAUGCAUAAAAAGUAGUAAAUACUUUUCUAGUGAACAAGAACAAGCUUGGCCUUUCUCACGCAUACAUUCUAAAGUCCAUAAGUUAGAAGGCUGACUUAUUUUUCGUGGGUUUAUUAUCAGGUCUUUAAGAAUGACACCCAUGGCUGUGUUUUGUUUUGCUGCAAACUCUUCUGUUGUGCCUUUGUUUUUUAUGACUUUUGGGGUGACAUUUAGCAGGUAGAUUUUCCCGCUAACCACCCUCUCAUUGCUUCUGUGGAGGUUUUUGCAGGGGUGGAGAUGGGUAGGGAUGUAGGUCCUUAUGGGACGUUAGUUCGGCCACGUUAAUAACCAGUGUGGUUAUAGUCUCGCUCUGGAAGUCCUCGUUGUCUCUGUUCAGUUGACAUUUAUUGGAAUAUGACUUGCAUGGUUUCAAACAUCCGGGCAGGGUCUCCACUUGUUUUAAAGAAGAAAUUCUCAUUGUUUUUGCUGAGACUAUAGGUAGGAUGCUGUCCUGUCCGCCCAGAGCAGAAACUCUCUGCCAUGUGUCACAGCGCUGCCUGCGAAGCCCCACCGCUUAAAGCGCUCAACUGACUCUUCGGGAGAAACCAAAUCUCACGUUGAGAAAGAAACACUGGCCACAAUGCAAAGCAGGAGCUUUCUGUUUUGCUCCCUCUCCCACUUCAGCUCUUGUGAAAAGUCAGAUUUUUUUUUUUUUUUUUUUUAAGCUAAAGUCAUGUAUUUGGGACAGCUGAGAAGGUUUGUGAUAUUUUUGAUAUGUCUAUAGCUGGUUAGGUAGGACCGAUCCUAUCUGCCAUAACCUACUGGGCCUGCCCUGCAUGCAGCAGAUAUAAAGGGGAGAUAGGAUUUAAGACUAAUGAGCAUCAUCUUACAGUAGCGUAGUAAAAUUGUGACUUAAAACGCCAUCCCUGCAUCUUUAGUAAACUGACCUCUUUAAGCGUAAUUGAGCAUUUCAAAUAGUAAGUCACAAACAUUUUCCUAAUUUGGGCUUCCUUGGUAAAUGCACUGAACGAUUUUUCACGGGAACGUGGCGGGGACGCUGGCAUACAGUUUCCACUGAAACUGUAGUAUUUGAAAUUAUAGAAAGGUUGCUGGCGUCUUUCGCGUACUUCUGUUGGCAACCCCUACAAAUUCUCACAUACAGACAGUAUGUGCUAAUCCUAGAAUGUAAGAGAAUUUGAGUUUCUGUUUCCAACCUACGUGACCGCCGGGAGGUUCACCUUCUUCCCACUGAUGGGUGGGUGUUGAUGCUCCUGCUUUGAGUGGAAAGAACCACGCAUCUUGCCUCUGCUGGCUGCUGUCUUAAGGUUUUGCUAACUAUGGCUUUUCAGUUUUGCCUUGGUUCCCAGUAAAAACACUCUUGUCUCUUACAAGAUUUUUGCCGUCUCGUGACUUCUGUAUGUUUUCUUUCCAAAUCAAACUUUAGUUAAACGCAUGCACGUGUUUGUAGCUGUUGAUUAAAACUACACUCGAGUCCUAGACAUAAGCCACUGCUUUUCUUACGGCUGCGAUGGGAUAUGACUCUUGCGUUUCCCUCUGGGUCAUGGCGAGGCGCGAGGCUGCGCUGCUUUUGCGAAUGAGCAAUAAUGAGAGGUUGGCUGCCCGCCUCCCCACCCCUCCAGCCACAUGCCUCCCUUUCUAAUGACUUCUACUGACCCCAAACGCAAACCAAAGCAAAAAGCCAGAGAGAAGAAAGAGGUGGGACAGAAAAUUUUCUCAGAGUCCAUGAACAGCGCCCUAAUUCUGGGUCAAAGGACAUUCCUGGAGAGGAGGCGGGGGCUCUAAUGCUUAUUAAAAUAAGGAGGGGAGAGGACGUGCUUGAGACGGAUGGUUUCAAGGUCUCCUUUUACGACAUGGUUUCUUUGGGUCUUCAUGGAAGCCUUCUGUGACCCUGUGCUGAUAAAGAAAAAACCAAAUUGGCGGAGAUGAGCAGCGUAUGUUUUGUUAUGUGAAUUACUCUUUGCUAAGAAUAAGCCAAGACCAAUGCAUCCUUGUCACUGAGGAGGAGAGAGUGGAAUACAGCAGAGUCCCAAACGGGAGAGAUCAAUAUUUGAUUUACUAAGACAAGCCCUAAAAAAAAAGAGAGUCAAUAGCUGGUUAUAUUUUUUAGACUUGUGUCUCGGCUUGGUGGAUAUUUAUUCAUAUAUGUAAUAGCAUUAUCUAGAUAAAUAGUUUAAGCGAUGUAGCCGUCUUAAAAUUCAGAGAGUAAUGGGAUAUGAGAAAAAGUCAUUCUUUGAUACGAUUGUGUGAGCUGUUUUAAAAUCUAAUGGAAAUCUCUGACCUCAUCUUAAAUCUUGAAACCCAUUCGGUGGCACAUUUCAUAGUUUUAACCAGUAUGCAGUUCCCAAGGAUACUAUAUGGUCACAAUAAAAAGUAUGCCCAU